AUGGCCGCGACUGCGGCGGGUGGAGCCCCGGGCUCCGUCCCGGCAGCCCCCGGCCCCGCCGAGGCUGCGAUGCCAGGCCUGGCCACCCGGACCCUGCCGCAGGCGUCGCGGAAGCGCGGGGAUUCCCGGCGUCGCCAGGCCGCGCUCUUCUUCCUCAACAACAUCUCGUUGGACGGGAGACCGCCGAGCCUGGGCCCGGGCGGGGAGAAGCCUCCACCGGCCGCGGAGGCCCGCGAACCGACCGCGCCGCCCGAGCCCGAGCCCGAGCCCGAGCCCGAGCCCGGCGCCCGCGGGGUCUCGCCACCGCCGUCGCCGCCGCCACUAGGCCCGCCCGGGCCCCCGGCCAGGGCUGCCCCCCAGGGCUUGCUCAGCCCCACGCAGGUGGCCGUCGGCCUGGCCCUGGACGUGCAGCGCCAGAGACGGCGCAUCACCUCCCAGCGCUGCUCCCUGGAGUUCUUGGAAGACGUGGUGGGGUGUGCCUCCGUGCAAAGAACCAAACCCAUAUCCGGCUCUCCAAGACACAAGGGCUUGAAGAAGACCCACUUCAUCAAGAACAUGCGGCAGUAUGACACCAAGAGCAGCAGGAUCGUGCUGAUCUGUGCCAAGAGGUCCCUGUGUGCAGCCUUUUCUGUCCUGCCCUAUGGAGAAGGCCUGCGGGUCAGUGACCUAAGGGUGGACGGCCAGAAGCAGCGGCACCCAUCCGGUGGUGUCUCCGUGUCUUCUGAGAUGGUCUUCGAAUUAGAAGGUGUCGAGCUGGGUGCAGAUGGAAAGGUGGUGUCUUAUGCCAAGUUCCUGUACCCCACUAAUGCCCUAGCGGCACCCAAGAGUGACAGCCACUGCCCAGUGGCCCAGCCCCGGUCCAGCAUCCCCAGGGCUCUGCCAGGGUCGAGAUACAAGCCUGGCCCCACAAAGUCAGCGCCAGCAGGCACAGAGCUAGGGAAUGAGACCAGCGACACCCUUGAAUACAACCCCAACCUCUUGGAUGACCCACAGUGGCCCUGCGGCAAGCACAAGCGUGUCCUCAUCUUCGCCUCCUACAUGACCACGGUGAUCGAGUAUGUGAAGCCCUCGGACCUCAAAAAGGACAUGAACGAGACCUUCAGGGAGAAAUUCCCGCACAUCAAGCUCACGUUGAGCAAAAUCCGGAGCCUGAAGCGGGAGAUGCGCAGCCUCUCGGAGGAGUGCAGCCUGGAGCCGGUGACCGUGUCCAUGGCCUACGUGUACUUCGAGAAGCUGGUGCUGCAGGGCAAACUUAACAAGCAGAACCGCAAGCUGUGCGCCGGCGCAUGCGUGCUGCUCGCCGCCAAGAUCAGCAGCGACCUGCGGAAGAGCGAAGUCACGCAGCUCAUCGACAAGUUAGAAGAACGAUUUCGCUUCAACCGACGGGACCUGAUCGGGUUCGAGUUUACCGUGCUCGUGGCUUUGGAGCUGGCCCUAUACCUGCCCGAGAGCCAAGUGUUACCUCAUUACCGACGCCUGACCCAGCAGUUCUAA